AUGGUCAAUACGGGGCACCCGAGCAGGGCUUGCAAGCUCUGCCGUGCGAGGAGAAUCAAGUGUGACGAGACUAAGCCGUUCUGUUUAAAGUGCGCCAAGUCGAAAAGAGUCUGUCCGGGCUACCGGGACGCCUUCGAGAUCAACCUUCGAGAUGAGACUCAGUCAACAAUCCGCAAGGCAAAGUCCGCCGCUCUGCGUAAAGCCAUCAAGGAGGGCCGCGCAACGGAGCAGGAUGAAGAAGGCGAGGGGCAGAUCCAGCCCCAGGUGAUGGAAUGGACCCCACCGGCGGCACAGCCUCCACGACAACGGCAGGUCAACAUUAUACCAGUGACGAGUGACGACGACUGGUUCGACAGGUAUUCAAAUUCAUCUUCAUCAGACGUGUCGCCGUCCAUGUCAUAUGCGUCGUCACUAUCGUACAUCAGCAAUCGGGCGCCCGACGCAUUCGUAUCAUUCAAAGACAUCGAAGGGGGGACGUACGGGAUGCCACACACCUUGCAGACACCGCUCGACCAGCAAGCGACCUGUUACUUCCUUGCCAACUACGUCCUCGCCCCGCCAACAGGAGUCGGUCGGGGUAUUCUUACCUUCGUUCUCCCUUUGUUGAACAUGCCAACCUACCAGGCAUCGCCGCUGCAGUCUGCCUUUUCCGCCGUAUCGAUGGCGGCCCUGGCUGGGAGACCAAACUCGCGUCGUUUGUCUUCCAUGGCUCAUCUGCACUACAGCAAAGCCCUCGAAGAUUUGACACGAGCCAUGCAGGACAAGUUGGCCGUUAGGCAGGAUACGACACUUGCCUCGGCCAUCCUUCUAGCUUUUUACGAAGGGCUGGUAUCGGACGACGUUGAGAUGUCCGGCUUCAAGAAACACAUCUCUGGAGCAACAGCCAUUGUGAAACUACGAGGACCCCAACAAACACAAUCCGGUGUGGGGUUGAGUAUGUUCGAGUUUGUAAGAGCGACAUCGGUAGGUGGUUCUCGUUAUUGCCCGCACUUGAGAGAGAGGGGGGAGAUACUAACGAUGAGCAGGUCCGGCAAUACACAUUUUUUGCAAAUAUUUCACUAG